CUCCACACUGCCCUGCUCCUUGCCCCCAGGGAGCUGGCGUGAGGCUGGCUCGGGGCUUGGCAGUCCUGGCAGUGACACCCGGUAGCUGGGAGUGUCUUGUCUGCCCCGGGCGGUCCAGCCCUUCCCUGCCAGGUGCCCUGAGGAAACCCCGCCUCUGUGACAUGAAGUGAACCAGGACGUGGAGGCAAACAGGCGCUGCGGGGCUCCGUCACGGAUGCAGCAGGGGACACGGCAGGGGUGCUAGCAUGGGGCGCCUGGGACCGUGGUGGCUGGUUCUGCUGCUGAGCUGGGCCGUGCCUGGCAGCGUCUGGGCUGCAAGGACCGCAAGAGAGGUGCCAACAACUACAGGAGGUGUCUCAACCGUUCCCGGUGAAAGCACAGCUCUCCUGGGCAGCAGCAAAGCCACAGAGACCACCAGAGCAGACACCAGUAAUGUCUCACAGCGUGAAACAACAGCCACCACCCCAGCACCACUGACCACCCCUGCACUACAGGCCACCUCAGCAGCUCCCACCACCUCCUUUGCCCUUGACACCACCGCAGUGAGCCGCACACCCACGGGAGAGAUCACCGCAGGAGCCUCACGCAGCCUCAGGUGGGAUGAAUUCACAACGGUAGCAGCCGGGACACAAACUACAGCCAAUGUUCCCCCUUUGCCACUUAGGUCUACGGCUGGAUCCACAACACACACAACUCCAUUAGCAACCAUCACCAUGUCAGCAUCAGCUGCUAUAACAAAUCCUCCAGCAUCAGAGGUAACAACUCUCCGGGUUACCCCCGCACCAGAGAGCACAACACCCGCAGUGAGCUCCCUGGCAGGGACAGAGACCCCCAGCACCGCCAUGGACACCUCCACCGUUGUCUUUCACGCAACCGCUCCAGCCACGACAGCAAGUGCACAGUCCUCCAGCCCGGCAGCACAGACCACCAGAGCCAACAGUACGACAACUGUCUCCGUUGCACUGUACACCCCCAUGUCAACUGGUGCUGAACUGGAGGGAAAUACUACCGCCUUAACAGCAGCACCAACACCAGCAUCAGCACUGGUAUCCACAUCAACAGUAACACCAACACCGACGACAACUGUAGCCCUUCAGACCUCUCCCGCGGGCACCACUGCAGCCUCCACUACCUCCGUGCUCCAGGAAAUCACAACUCCGGUGCCUCUCCCCAGCACCACACUUGCAGGGGCCACCAGCACCGAGCCAGAAACAACCACAGCACCCCAAAGCACCACUCCCAUGGCCAGCACUGCCACCAGCACCACCACGGUGCCAGUUCCUCCUACCACCACCAUAACAGCAAGUGCACAGUCCUCCAGCCCAGCAGCACAGACCACCAGAGCUACCGAUACAACGACUGUCUCCACUGCUUUGUACACCACCUCCAUGUCAACUGGUGCUGAACUGGAGGGAAAUACUACCACCUUAACAACAGCACCAACACCAGCAUCAGCACUGGUAUCCACAUCAGUAGUAACACCAACACCAACAACUGUAGCCCUUGAGACCUCUCCCACGGGCACCACUGCAGCCUCCACUACCUCCGUGCCCCAGGAAAUCACAACUCCUGUGCCUCUCCCCAGCACCACACUUGCAGGGGCCAACAGCACCGAGCCAGAAACAACCACAGCACCCCAAAGCACCACUCCCGUGGCCAGCACUGCCACCAGCACCACCACGGUGCAGGUUCCUCCUACCACCACCACAACAGCAAGUGCACAGUCCUCCGGCCCGGCAGCACUGACCACCAGAGCUACCGAUACAACGACUGUCUCCACUGCUUUGUACACCACCUCCAUGUCAACUGGUGCUGAACUGGAGGGAAAUACUACCGCCUUAACAGCAGCACCAACACCAACAUCAGCACUGGUAUCCACAUCAGUAGUAACACCAACACCAACAACAACUGUAGCCCUUGAGACCUCUACUGUGGGCACCACUGCAGCCUCCACUACCUCCGUGCCCCAGGAAAUCACAACUCCGGUGCCUCUCCCCAGCACCACACUUGCAGGGGCCACCAGCACCGAGCCAGAAACAACCACAGCACCCCAAAGCACCACUCCCGUGACCAGCACUGCCACCAGCACCACCACGGUGCAGGUUCCUCCUACCACCACCACAACAGCAAGUGCACAGUCCUCCGGCCCGGCAGCACUGACCACCAGAGCUACCGAUACAACGACUGUCUCCACUGCUUUGUACACCACCUCCAUGUCAACUGGUGCUGAACUGGAGGGAAAUACUACCGCCUUAACAGCAGCACCAACACCAGCAUCAGCACUGGUAUCCACAUCAACAGUAACACCAACACUGACGACAACUGUAGCCCUUCAGACCUCUCCCGCGGGCACCACUGCAGCCUCCACUACCUCCGUGCUCCAGGAAAUCACAACUCCGGUGCCUCUCCCCAGCACCACACUUGCAGGGGCCACCAGCACCGAGCCAGAAACAACCACAGCACCCCAAAGCACCACUCCCAUGGCCAGCACUGCCACCAGCACCACCACGGUGCCAGUUCCUCCUACCACCACCAUAACAGCAAGUGCACAGUCCUCCAGCCCAGCAGCACAGACCACCAGAGCUACCGAUACAACGACUGUCUCCACUGCUUUGUACACCACCUCCAUGUCAACUGGUGCUGAACUGGAGGGAAAUACUACCACCUUAACAACAGCACCAACACCAGCAUCAGCACUGGUAUCCACAUCAGUAGUAACACCAACACCAACAACAACUGUAGCCCUUGAGACCUCUCCCACGGGCACCACUGCAGCCUCCACUACCUCCGUGCCCCAGGAAAUCACAACUCCUGUGCCUCUCCCCAGCACCACACUUGCAGGGGCCACCAGCACCGAGCCAGAAACAACCACAGCACCCCAAAGCACCACUCCCGUGGCCAGCACUGCCACCAGCACCACCACGGUGCAGGUUCCUCCUACCACCACCACAACAGCAAGUGCACAGUCCUCCGGCCCGGCAGCACAGACCACCAGAGCCACCGAUACAACGACUGUCUCCACUGCGCUGUACACCACCUCCAUGUCAACUGGUGCUGAACUGGAGGGAAAUACUACCACCUUAACAGCAGCACCAACACCAACAUCAGCACUGGUAUCCACAUCAGUAGUAACACCAACACCAACAACAACUGUAGCCCUUGAGACCUCUACUGUGGGCACCACUGCAGCCUCCACUACCUCCGUGCCCCAGGAAAUCACAACUCCUGUGCCUCUCCCCAGCACCACACUUGCAGGGGCCACCAGCACCGAGCCAGAAACAACCACAGCACCCCAAAGCACCACUCCCGUGGCCAGCACUGCCACCAGCACCACCACGGUGCAGGUUCCUCCUACCACCACCACAACAGCAAGUGCACAGUCCUCCAGCCCAGCAGCACAGACCACCAGAGCCACCGAUACAACGACUGUCUCCACUGCGCUGUACACCACCUCCAUGUCAACUGGUGCUGAACUGGAGGGAAAUACUACCACCUUAACAGCAGCACCAACACCAGCAUCAGCACUGGUAUCCACAUCAACAGUAACACCAACACCGACGACAACUGUAGCCCUUGAGACCUCUACUGUGGGCACCACUGCAGCCUCCACUACCUCCGUGCCCCAGGAAAUCACAACUCCUGUGCCUCUCCCCAGCACCACACUUGCAGGGGCCACCAGCACCGAGCCAGAAACAACCACAGCACCCCAAAGCACCACUCCCGUGGCCAGCACUGCCACCAGCACCACCACGGUGCAGGUUCCUCCUACCACCCCAGCAGAAAGGACAACGACAGCUGGCACCACGCUGGCAACAGUGCGCAGUACAACCGCACGUGUUACCCUCCUUGUAACUACAGCCGCUUCUACCACCCGCACCACUGCAGCACCUGAGACCAGCGGGACGGCCCAUGCCACCAUGUCGCCCUCUGGAACCACAACAGCUAGAAUGACAACUACACAGGGCACUGCUGCGCCAACCCAGAACACGACAACCACGCCUUCUGAAACAAGUGCUCUACCCUGGCCCCCAAGCACUCCCGGCAGCACGGCGCUGCAAUCACCCUCCGCGCUGCCCACCUGCCCGGCUCCUCCUGCCAACGCCACCGCGAAUCACCUCUUGCUGUCACUGGACGUAAGCACUUCGCUCAACCUCACCGACCCCGCGGUCAGGGACCUGAUUUUGUCGACGCUUCUCCAGGAUCUGAAGAGCAAUUUCCCCUGCACCAACUUCACCCUGCAGUGGAGGGGGGAAACGAAGGUGUGACGUGGACCUGUCGACCGGCAGCUGGGGCAAAGCCCUCGGGAUGAGGGCAGGGGGUUUCCUGCUGCUGCCGCCUGGGCCUGGAAGCAGAGCCCCCCUGCCGGGCGUGGAGACCCCUCGGAGGAGACCCUCUGUGUCUGUCAGCCCAGGCAGGUCUUUCCAGGGCCACAAACCUGUGUGUCCCCAAAAGCAAGCCCCGUAGGAGACUCCCCGGGGAACCCCAGAGCCGGGACCAGCAGCAACAUCUGGAUGCUGCCUUAAGGGCAAGGGUGGGGGAAGAGAGAGACCCGGCCAGUCUGGGCAGAGCGGGACUUGAACCCCAGACUCGCACAACCCAGGCGAGUGCCCUGGUUCCCGGGGUCCUGCCUGCUCCCUGGAGGCUGCUCCUUGAUCUCUGAGCCCCUGAGAUCUUGCAUGAAACAGCAGCCUCGUUUCCCCAGUGCGAGGCGCAGCCCCGAGAACGAGGAUGCCGACCGUCCCUUUGCGGGUCUGCAUGCGGCUGCAUCCCCGGCUACAAAAGAGAGGCCAGAUCCUGCCUUCCCCUGAGCAGAGGGGGGGGGGUGGUUUCUGGCCAAAGGGCAUUUCUGGCCAGGGUCAGGUUGUCUAGUGCAGGUAAAACGGGCACAAGAAAACCAGACCUGGGUUCUCACGGGGGACCAGAGGUGCCAGCCUUAUGGGACACAUUCCCUGCUCCGCUGCACGUUCAUUUAUAUGCUUCAGCCCUCAAAUAAAUUCCUGACUAGCUGG